GCUCUCAUAAGUCGCAUGCUCGUCUGUUGACACGCCGGCAGCAAGGAUGUUUAACUGUGAAAGCAAAUAACCGCAACGUCUGAAACAUUAUACACAUUGGCAACAUGGACAUGUCGUGUAAAAGAGGCUGCAUGUUUAGAACGACAUGGACAAGUAUUUUUACGAUCAUCACCGUAUUUCAAAGAUUCUCCAUUUCACAGACACAGACUCCGGAAUCAACCCAGUGUACCACCCCUCUGGGUGUGGCCAUGGGCUCCCGGGCCAUGUUGCCCUACACCCUAUCGGCUACAGAGGGCGAGGCUCAGGACGCACGUCUCAACGGUCGGCGAUCCUGGUACGGGACGACGCUUGGACCGACUACAUUUGUACAGGUUGAGUUCGAAAGUAACAUGCUAGUUACUGGUCUACAAGUACAAGGCGACAGCGAGAGACAUAUAUGGGUGACGUCACUUAAAGUAAACUACAGCGUUAACUGUCGGGAUUACUACGCCAUUGAAGACAAUGGCAUGCCACAGGUGUUUGCCGCUAACGUCGACACCAGUUCCGUAUCCAUCAUAGUUUUCAGUCACGUCUUUGUGGCGAAGUGUGUCCGACUCAUCCCGACUGAGCGUCAUGGCAAUUUGUCCGCCCUCAGAUUCGAGCUCACAGGCUGUCUACCCUCUUCGUGCCAUAAGAUUCUAAAUGCUACCGCCAGUGAUAGUGGUGUGCAGCUCCGCCUGGCGGGAGAAAAACUCGUAUCGAUGAUUCGUAUAGAGCCGACUGCCAUUGGCUACAGUAGUUACGUCAUCUCGUAUAGCCGCACGUGCGUCACGUUCUAUGACGUAUUGGAGGGCAACCAACCAAAGGUAUUCACAAGCAUGGAUGGGGAGGCUAUAGAUGUGAAUCUCCAGCUCCGGCCACUUAGGACGCUAUGUAUACGGGUUACACCAUUCGGCCAGGCUACUCCGCCUGUGGCCAGGCUCCGGGGCUGUGCCGUUACAGAGAAUGAAGAAAUUCACGUAUCGUGCGGACUCACUCAUUUCCACAACGAAAGAUACGACCUUCACAGCGUCCUCAGGAAUCUCCAUGGCAACAGACAACUCCGUCAGAAGCGCGUGGUAGGUGGCAUUCACGCGGCGCCGGGAGAGUGGCCAUGGCUUGUAUCGCUCCACUUCCUGCGGUACCACAUGUUCUCCAACACUUCCGGUUUCCCCCACCUAUGUGGCGCCUCUCUCGUACACCCGCAGUGGGUGAUUACAGCCGCCCAUUGCUUCGACGACACGGUAUGGCCGGGCUUGGCCGAACCUACUAAUUGGCAGGUUCUGAUUGGAGAACACAAUCAGGCGGGAAGAGACGGUACAGAGCAGGCCUUCAGCAUCAGCAACGUUUACAAGCGGGAUAACUUUCAGAUCUCAUGGGACACGCCGCUGUUGCAAGAUAUCGCCUUGCUGAAGUUAGACCGACCAGCUAUUUUGUCCGACUAUGUCAACCCAGUCUGUCUGAACGUCCUGCCCAAUCGUUUCCCGCCGGGAUCCGCGUGUGUCACGGCCGGCUGGGGACAAAAUACCCAAGAUGGAAAGGGAGUACGCCUUCCGCUCCAUGCCCAGCUGCCAAUCAUUCCACCGGCUGACUGUAACGCAAAGUAUGACGCUCUACCCGAGGGUCACGUGAUGAAAAACUUUGUGUCCAUCGAUGAUACUGUGCUGUGUGCCGCCACCGAGUCCAGUCAGACUGGACGUGACUCAUGCCAGGGAGACUCCGGAGGGCCUCUCUUCUGUGAGGACGGAGAUCACUGGGUCCAAGCCGGAAUCGUAUCCAUAGGAAUCGGAUGCGCUAAUCCGGAUUUCCCCGGCAUCUAUACACGGAUAUCGUCCUUCAUCAACUGGAUAAACACGACCUUGGUACAGAAUUCGGACGACCCGGAACAUCCGGAUGUUAUCAAUACCGGAUACAAUCCACUGAUACAGAAAUAGAGUCAAGCUCCGGACGGAUAUAUAAAUAUAUUCACAUCCAGGAAAAUGUUAUUUUUUCGCAAAGCAAAAUGUAUAAUCCGGAUAUUAUAACAUUUCUAUGGGAAAAUUCCAUAAUUCGGAUGAUAUCUGUACCGGAUGCAAGCUACCGAUAGAGAAACAGAUUCACACUAGGAAUACGUUUUAAAUCCGGAUAUUUUCAACUUUUUAUAUUCUGAUAUAUUUUGAUAUCAAGUUUUCUGAAGUAAAGACAGUUUCACAGUCUGGAUAUAUUACCGUAACGUGCGUUUGCGAGCAUGUACUGGAAUAUGAAAUAGUUUUGGAUAUUGUAAUUGUUCAUAGAAGUACUAAAAAAUCCGGAUAUUAUCAAUUUAUAUGCCUCCACAUUUCUGAUAUUAUGAAUAUUUUACAGAUGAAAAGUGUGAGUCCGGUAUGAAUUGGAUAUGCCGCUCAAUUACGAACACCGUUUCUCAUAUCUCUUGUGCAGAACAUCAAUGAUCGGUGGUAAAAGCCUUUAAUCUACAUGGACUCAGUGUGUAUAAUUUAAUCGGCACCUGUCGUCAAUAUCAGCAUCUGAUGAAGACGCCAAAACCGCCAUUAUAGGACCAACGUAUCAUCAGAGUUGACCAUAUCCGGAAAUAAAUACGCACUCCGUGUCUUAUUACUACAUUUGACUUUCCGGUGUGAUUAGAUAUAUAGUGACGUUUGGUUACCAUGUGAACAAUUUACAGUGUGCCUUCUGAAAAUGCUCAUUCGUGUACGAAUUUAGCCUAGUGGAGAGGAAACAAUGAGAUCUUAGAUUUUAGAUAGUCCGAAUGAUACGUUCGGAUCCUCGGAUGCUAUUCAUCAGCAACAAAGCGUUUGUCACUGUUAUUUUAAUAUCUACCAACAAAACAUUAUCAAGAUGUUGGUUAAGGGAAUUUUGUAUUUAACGGGUAAUAUUAAAGCAUAUGAACCAA